GAGGUGGUGGCAUCGAAGCACAGUUUUGCUGCGCUCCGCGCCGAUGGCACGGUGGUGUGCUGGGGCCCGGAAGGCAAAGACGGCUUGUGCAAGAUCACACAGAUGGCCUCCACCAUCCACGCCUUCGCGGCGGUGCGAAGCGACGGUUGCGUUGAGACCUGGGGCUUCGCUGAGUAUGGCGGGGAUAGCGACGACAUCCAAGACCAACUCUGCAACGUGCAGGAGGUGGUUGCCUCGAACUACGCCUUUGCGGCCCUUCGCCGCGACGGCACA